CAGCAACACUUAAUAGGCUAGUAAAUAAUUAUUUUUUAGAAAUUGGAUUAUAUCUUUUAGCAUUAGAUGCAUCAUAUAAUACAAUUAAUACAUUUAAUAAUGCUGAUAUUUUAGUUUGCUAUAAAACUAUUAAUAAUUAUAGAAAAAAAAUAGCUAAUGCAUAUCUAGCAAAUAUUCAAAAAUAUUUUGCAGAAAAG